CCCUCUGUCUCUCUCUCUCUCUCUCUCUCCAAAAACCCUUCUCUUCAAAGUUCGAAACCUGGAAAAAAGGCCCUCUUCUGACAUCUACACCCCUUCUUCCGUCGCCUUAUUUCAAAAUUACCCCCUUUAAACAAAAACAGUAACAAAAAACCGCCUCCUCUUUCUCCUCAGAACAUGCCUCCCUUUCUUUUUCCAAUCUACCGUCCAUCAAUCAAUCCCCUGCAGCUUUUGCCCCUUCUAUAACAGACAAAAUCACCAAAACCUCUCUCUCUCUCUCUCUCUCUCUCUCUCUCUCUCGUAUUUCUCUAUAAAGCUUGUAGAAGCCAUGGAUUUGUAUGAGAAAUCUCUGAAGGAGAAGAGAUUCCAUCAGAGCCAGAAAAACCCAUCUUUCUCUUCGUCCCUUCUCGACGCUAUCUACUGUUCAAUCGACAAAGGAGAAGAAGCAGAGCUGGUUUUCUACAAAGAAACAAUGAGAAAGAAACAGAGCACUGACAGAACAGAGGAGAAGAAGAAACCCGAAAAGCUCGGUCCACGACGCAAACCAUCGGAUUCUGGAGAUGGGUUUCGAAAAUCUCAGAAAAAUCAAAACCCCAUCUUGUCCAGUUCCAAUUCCAGCUCUUCAGAAUCCAGCUACGGCGGGUUCGGAUUCUCUUCCUCCGAAGCAGAGUCCCUCCAGACCCCACGCCCGAAGCCGAUCCGAACCGGGUUCGUGCCUGAAAUGCCUUUCCGAUCCACCUCCAAAAAAAACCAAUUCCCCGAAAUUCAAGUGAAGGAAAAGCCAAAGACAGCCGCUUCAAAGAUCUACAGCGAUCUGAAGAAGCCGGGCCAGCCAAUCUCGCCAGGCGGCCGCAUCGCCAGCUUCCUGAAUUCGCUAUUCGCAUCGAAUUCCAAGAAAGCGAAAAUCGACCAUUCCAGGAAGAACGGAUCAGCCCCGCAGGCGCUCUCAUCAUCAACGACGCCCACGUGUUCUUCAGCAUCUUCCUACUCGAGAUCCUGCCUCAGUAAAACCCCAUCCUCGAGAGGGAAUUCAAACUCGACCAACACCAACGGCUCAAAACGCUCUGUCCGAUUCUACCCAAUCACCGUCAUCGUCGACGAGGAUUGCAGGCCGUGCGGCCAGAAACGCAUCAGCGAUCGUGAUCCUACCGUCAGUGGGAAGAUCGGGGUAUCUAAACCAUUGAUCGGCGAGGAAUUGAAGCUGCAUUUGAUGGAGAAGAGCAGGAGAAUCGAAGAAGCGGCGAAAGAUCUGCUGAAAGGGUAUCAGAAGAAGAGCGAUUUUCUUGAAGAGGUGAUGAGAAGCAUGCAUGAUCAUGGCCAUGGCCAUGGCCAUGAUGAUAAUGAUGAUGAUGGGUAUUCAAGCUCCGAUCUUUUCGAGCUUGAAAUGCCGAUUCAAAGGUAUAGAGAAGAACUUCCCGUGUAUGAAACGACUCGUUUCGAAACGAAUCGUGCCAUUGCUAGUGGUCUGAUUCGGUAAAUAUGUUAUCUUUUGAGGGUAAAUUGGAGAAAUGGUGUCUUCUAAUUACUUGGAUUUUGGGGUUAAUUUCGAUAAUUACUUCUCUAAUUACUGGCUUUUUUUCUUUUUCUUUUUUGCUACUAAAUAAGACUGAGUUCAUAUGCA